AUGGAUGGUCAUCUCUAUGCUAUUGGCACCAUCCUUUCUCCACAGGAUAAACUUCAGUUCUUCUCAACUGCAGACUGGGACCCAGAGGAUGGUGGAAUUGAUUACCAAGUAAUCUAUCGCCAGAGCCUUGAGUCCUCUCUCAAGAAGUACUUGGAGAAUCUUGCCCAGGAGCAGCAGAUAUCCCAAAUGCCCAACCUCGAACCUGGUGGAAAUAUCACUAAGAUGAAUUCCCUGGAAUGGCAAGGCUUGCACGAGAUGUUCUUUCUAUUCCAGCUAGUGAUGCAGGAGUAG